ACUAAUGAUUGGUUCAUUCCUUUUCAAUGUGUUUCUUGGAAGGUUCAGUUCUGUCAUCCUUUUACAGCGUUAGAUUCUAAUGACAUGCGGCCCUGUCAGCUCACCUAGUGUUUCACUUGAUCAGAAUCCUUUAAUUUGUUUUUUACAUCAGACGACAUACACUGCAUUAUUUGUGAAGAAGUGUUGUUUGAAAAUGAGGGGUGCUGUAGCUCUGCUGGUGUUGCUGUUCUGUGUGUCUGGAGCAUGGGCUCAGGGAGAGAGUGGAGGGGUCAAGGCUGAGCUGAAGGAGCUGAGCAACACGGUGGUGAAACAGAAGGUGGAGCCCAGAGUCACAAAUACUGAACUGCAGCAGAGGAGCAGGAUCAAGGAACUGAAAAAAGAGAAUGCAGCCUUAAAGGUCAGACUGAGUGCCAGUGCGUGGGAGGUGGAGGACCUGAAGAGAGAGAAUGCAGCCCUGGAGGCCAGAGUAACAGCCAGUGAGAGGGAGAACACAGCCUUCGAAGCCAGACUGAGUGUCAUUGAGAGGGAGGUGGAGGAGCUGGAGAAUAAGAAAGGUUAAACAGACACAAACCUCACCAAAACAUGAUCCUGUGUGGCUCAGUUAGUAGAGCAUUAUGUUUGCAACGCCAGGGUUGUGGGUUCGAUUCCCACGGGGGACUAGUAUGGAGAAAAAAAAUGUAUGAAAUGUAUGUAUUCACUACUGUAAGUUGCUCUGGAUAAGAGUGUCUACUAAAAUGUAAUGUUGGCCAUGAUCAUUUACCAACAUAUAUUGUGAGAUUUGAUCUUCUCACUAAGAUAUGAUGUAUGCUAACAAUGUUCCUCUCUAACCACUAAAGAUGCAUUAUAAUAGCCAAACACAUCUCUUUUGUAACCCUGACAGUUUACCAUCAGUGAUGCAAAGCGUUAACAAUUCUAACCCCUGCCUCCUUGCAUAUUGUUGAAACCUAUUGCUUGGUUGGCUGGUUAACUGCAAGAGGUGAGGCGAGAGGUUUCAACCCACACAAAAUCUGUUCAUGAAAAUAAGCCCACAAAGUGAGGUCAAUGAGAAGAUGUGGAAUUUGGUCAACAAAAAAUGUUAUUGCUAAUUUGCUAUGUGAGGCUUAUUUGAUCGAAUAGAAGUUUUGUAAUGGUUAGGUUGUUACGAAUGCACUGAUAUAAGUGGAUGCACGUGUAAUUUCGACAAUCUACUCAACAACAACUUUUUAUCAGAGUUGUACACGAACUUCACUGAGAUAGAGAACUCAUCAUGGAUAUAACCCAUUUUAGAUUGGACACUGCCAUUGAGGGCUUCCACCAUUUUCAAGUAGUCAACUGGGUGGGGAUUCGUAUGAAUUGGGAGCAAUCAGCCAGUGAAGCAGAAGAACAGUGACUACUUUAAAAUGGCACAGACGCUAUAACGGCACAGAUACAAAAAGGAGUCCUCUAUAUCUCUAUGGUCUGUUGUUCACAUGCAUAUCUGCCCUUUCAUUGGCUAGAAUGGUCCCACCUGAUCUCGCCUCCGCCUGCCUCUCAUCUUUGAAGACAUAUAUUUCUAUUGUUAGAGCAGUCACUUAAAUAUCUUUUCAACCCAAUAGACCAUCUUUGCUAAAAUGCACUUCACCAUUGACUUACACAGACUUUUUACCCAUCUGAUGUGAAUUGAUCAAUUGCUUCUACACCUGCAUUGCUUGCUGUUUGGGGUUUUAGGCUGGGUUUCUGUACAGCACUUUGUGACAUUAGCUGAUGUAAGAAGGGCUUUAUAAAUAAAUUUGAUUGAUUGAUUGA